AUGUCUAACUUCCCAGCCUUACCAGAUGCAAGUGCCUGGGGCUUAUUGAACCUGAAGACCGGUAGUAAGGGAAAGCAGGCAAAGUCCCUAAAACGUCUUCAUCAAGAAGCUUCCCCAAUCGACCCACCUGACGACUUGCGUGAUGCGAAGAAAAGUCGCAGAGUACAGUUUAAUUUGGACCGGGAAAAGCUUGGUUUAUGGAAGGGACCAGUUCAUAACAAUCGCCUAGCUGAUCAACUUAUCUUUCCGCUUAACAGCAACGCGAUCCAGUUUUCAAACUCAGAUGAAGCUAAACAAGCCAAACACGAAAAAUCGCUUAAUGCCAUCAAAGCAGAUUGUAAAAAUUUGGAGGGGAGGCUCUUCAACGCACUGUAUCAGAAUGCAACCCCGAUGGAGUCAAAUUUCGACAAGGAACGGGACGAACAAAUAAAGCUUGUUCGCAAAAUGUCCAUGAAGGUGGCAGAUCAAAUGAAGCAUCGGCUACGUGAGGUUGCUUUGCUUCGAAAAGCUAAGUUACAAAAACGUAUUAAAAGCAAAAGUUACCACCGGCGAGCCAAACGGCGCAAUAUGAAAGAGUUCGAGAAGGAUAUUGCACUGUUGCGUCAGAACAACCCCCAGGCAUUUGCAGAACGUCUUCUAGAGGCUGAACGGGUCCGCGCCAAGGAGCGCGCUAGUUUGCGUCAUAAAACUGGUGGAAAAUUUGCUAAGAUGCAGCGAUUGCGAGCAAAGUAUGAUAAAGAAUCAAGAGAUGCAGUCGCACAAAUGCACGAUCAAGCUCACCAUUUGACAAAGCGUCGCCAAAAUUGUGAUACUGACAGUGAGUCUGCGUUGUCUGAAGUUGACCUCAGUUCUUCGGAAAGUGAGGAUGAUGAUGCUGAAUCAAAUGCUGACGAUGUGGAGAUGGAUGAGCGAGUGGAGGAAGAAUCUCUUCCUCGUUUAUCAGAUUGGUGGGCAAAGGUUGAGAACCAACCCCGUGAGUCAAAUACAGCAGCCAAGGACAAUAGUGUUGGUGGCCCUGAGAAUGCAACACCUACAACCACAACGCUCUUGUCUACCCAAACCUCUGAUGAACUCCUGCAAAAGGUCUCAGACACACAGGCGACGGGGGAGUCUGGUAUUGGUGGUUUCGAUCCCUCGGACGAGAACUUCUCCGCUCUCCAGGAAGCAGUAGGCGAUGUGGGAAGUGUGGAACCCGCAAUGGCGGGUUUCGAGCAGGAGAAGAAGGCUGUGGAGGAUGAGGAGGCGCCGAAGGACCUCGACCCCUUUCUGCCCGGCUGGAACCGGUGGUCUGGACCCGGCACCGAGGCUAUUGACGAGCAGUUGCGCAAGAAGCAUCUUAUUAAAGCGCCAAGGGUUAAGCGAAAAGACAGAGGCCGUACCAAGGUUAUCAUCCGUGAAAGGGUGAAUACAGAACUCAAAAAACACCUGGUCAAAAGAAUUCCAUUCCCGUAUGCAAGACCGGAGCAAUUCGAAGAAGCGAUGGCUCAGCCAAUCAGCCGCGAGUGGACGACAGAGGCGGCCCACUUGCAGUUAACCAAGCCCAAAGUCAUUCUCAAGGCUGGUCACGUCAUAAAACCCAUUAACAGAGACGUUGCUCUUCUUCGUGAAAAAGACGCUCUCCGGCUUAUCACGGGUUCAAAGAAAGUGUAG